CCUUAAUAGUGGGUUAGGAUAGCAUUUGAAUUAUAACAAAGUUACGUCCCCUUAAUUUAAGAGCGCCAUGGAAAAUGACAACAACAGUGUCUGUUAUACUACCUGUUCAUAAUGCAGACAAAUGGUUAGAUGAAUGUCUACAGUCUGUAGUGAACCAGACAUACUCAGGUAGUCUAGAACUGUCUGUGUACCAGGACUCUUGUACAGAUAACUCUGAGGAGAUCAUAAAGAAAUGGAGAACAAAAUUAGAAGAACAAGAUGUAAAGAUUGUAAUUGGAGGACAUAGUGAUAAAAAUCCUAGAGGAGUUGGUUAUGCAAAGAACAGGGCUAUUGAUCAGAGUUCAGGGCAGUAUUUGUGCUUUUUGGAUGCUGAUGAUGUCAUGGAUAAAGACAGAAUAUUAGAACAGUAUACAGCAGCCAAGGCUUACCCUGACAGUAUUAUUGGAUGUAAGUUUCACAGAGAUCCUGAGGGAUCCACAGAGAGGUUCACAAAAUGGGCAAAUAUGAUAUCUCAAGAGCAGUUACUGACACAGGUGUAUACAUCACAUGGACCCACUGUCAUAAUGCCAACAUGGUUCUGUAGCAGAAAGCUGUAUGAUAAUGUGGGCAGUUUCUCUAAGGCAGGAAAAGGUGUACCAGAAGAUUUGAUAUUUUUCUACAAGCACCUGGAACUUGGAGGGGGUUUAUACAGGGUGGAGAAAGAUUUAUUGAUGUACAGGUACCACACAGAGGCAACAACAUUCUCUGUGAAAGAAGAAACAAUAUGGAAGGAGCGUGUACAAUUCUUAGAGAAACAAGUGUUAACAAAAUGGCCAACAUUUACAAUAUGGAAUGCUGGGAAACAGGGGAGGAAACUCUAUAGAUCUCUUUCAGCACCUAAUCAAAAAAAGGUUGUAGCAUUCUGUGAUGUUGACGAGAAGAAAAUCAGUAAAGGUGUGUACAUCUAUGAGGAAUCUAAGGAGAAACCCAAACCAAGAAUUCCAGUCGUACAUUUCAAAGAUGCUGUAACACCCUUUAUCAUCUGUGUUAAACUGGACUUGACACAUGGUGAUUUUGAGAGAAAUCUUGAAUCUCUACAGCUAACAGAGGGACAGGAUUACUUCCACUUUAACUGAAAAUGAAUGUGCAAUGUAUGAUGAGGAAAGUAGAUGAAAGACUUGCUAUUACUUUGCCUUGGGUGUUUAUUGACUGGUGCCACAAGAUGAACUAUGGAAUAACGUCUUCAAUAUAGAGCUUUUACACUGUAUAAGGGUGACAGUAACAACAAGCACUAUUUGCUUUAUAUAAUGAUAUAGAUAAGAUCUUACUCGAGUUUCGUGUUGACUUAAAGUCCCUUAACCUGCUGGGACCGUACGGGAAUUAUCCUGUGCCACCAGUUUAGAGCCAGGCUAGCCUGCACAUUCUGUGCAGCCUGACAAAGUGCUGUACUGUUGGUAGCUCAGCUUUUGUACUUUCAUCUUUGAUAUUUAAAUCCAUCUGGAAUGUUCCAAAGUCACAGCACCCGCCAGGCAAAAACUCAGCAGGUUAAAGAAUCUAAGGAAACUAAAAAAAGGGAGCCAAAUUAAUACAACAUCAAAACAAUGUGUUCUUUAGAUUUAUAUCAUUAUUAUUUUUACUAUUAUGAAGAACAU